UGUCACUGACGGCGAGAGCGCGCGCGUCAGCGUCAAGCGGCGGCAACAAUAUCAUGAAUAAUGAAUGACCGCCGCACGCGCUCGCCGCUGUGCUGGAGGCCGGAGCCGCUCGCGAGGUAUUCUCAAAGUGGCCGUGGACGUGACCAGCAGCGCCCAGCUGGAGCGCCGUUAACGCGUAGUGUAAUGAUGUUAUAUUAGGUUUACUUCGUUUUGGAUCUGUAGGCUGUUCGAAUACAAAGACGUUUGCGCUAGAACAAAUUGCAUUUUUUCCCCCUUUCACUUUUUAAACUCUUUUAACCCCAAAGAAGUAGCCUACCUGUUCUCGUUUUUUUGAAAGGAUUUACACAGAAAAAAUGAAGCCACGGAUUUUCCUGACCAUCCUGACGUUUGUUGGUUCAUGUUUGUGUAAUGGAUCUGAGCUGGCUUUCCUUACUGAGCCCAGUGAUGUUAUCGCAGUACGGGACAGGCCGUUGAUGCUGGACUGCAGGGUGGAAGGCGAGGGUCCCAUUACGGUGACAUGGCACAAGAACGGAGCUCCGCUGCUUUCAGGAUUAGGCAGUCGGGCGAAGAUCCUAUCCAACGGGACGCUCCUUAUCCGCAGCUUCCAGAAGAGACGGGAUGGAGAUGCUACCGAUGCUGGAGAGUAUUACUGCGCUGCACAGAACCACUACGGCAUGCUGGUCAGCCGCAAAGCCCGUGUGCAACUCGCAUCUCUUCCAAAAUUCCACACACACCCAGAGUCCAUGUCAGUAGAUGAGGGAGGUGUUGCACGUUUCCAGUGUCAGGUCAAUGGUAUUCCUGAAGCUAGCAUUACUUGGGAGAAGGACCGUGUUGUGCUUGGAACAUCCGAUGACAGGUACACACUUCUCCCAAUGGGUAUUCUGCAGAUCACAGGCGUUAAGAAAUCAGACGCUGGUGUUUAUCGCUGUGUUGCCACUAAUAUCGCCAACACCCGCUACAGUCAUGAGGCCUAUCUAAACGUAACCGGAGGUGUUCCUCGCAUCUAUAAGGAGCCAGUCAUCCUCUCCGGCCCACAGAACCUCACCAUUACUGUCCAUCAGACCGCCAUCCUGGAGUGUAUCGCCACUGGAAACCCUCGCCCGAUUGUGUCUUGGAGUAGACUUGACGGCCGAUCCAUCGGAGUGGAGGGCAUACAAGUGCUCGGGACGGGGAAUCUGAUGAUCUCCGAUGUCUCCCUUCAGCACUCUGGGGUGUAUGUGUGUGCUGCCAACCGGCCUGGGACCAGGAUGAGGCGUACUGCAUUGGGCAGACUGGUAGUUCAAGCUCCUCCCGAGUUCAUUCAGUGGCCGCAGUCUGUUUCUAAGCCAGCAGGAGGCAGUGCUGUGUUCACAUGUGUUGCUCAGGGUGUUCCUGAACCUCAUAUCAUCUGGCUGAAGAAUGGCAAGAUUCUCACCCCGGGCGAUAAUGUGAAACUCACUAACAAUAACAGUACCCUGGCUGUGACUCGCAUCACAUCAGAGGAUGAGGCCAUAUACCAAUGCAUUGCUGAAAACUCUGCCGGCACUAACCAGGCCAGUGCUCGUCUGGCUGUGUCCCUGGCCAAAGAGCUACCCGAUGCCCCUCAGGGCCUGAAAGCCACGGCUCUGUCUAAAACCACCUUGCAGCUCUCCUGGACCCAACCACCAGCUGAAAUCACUGACGGGAUCAUCGGAUAUGUGCUGCAUAUCCGCAAAUACGGCGAGCCUGAAAGCAAAGAACUACAAGAGGCUGUGAGUAAGACAACAUUUCAGCACGACCUCACAAACCUUGAAAGCGCGACCACCUACUCCAUCUACCUGAAGGCUUACUCUCCACUGGGCGCUAGUGAACGGUCCAGCACUGUCGUUUCCACAACACUAGGGGGCGUGCCCAGUUCACCUACAUUUUUCACCAAAGCAAUAAACACCACUGCAGUCCAGGUCCUAUGGGAGCUGCCCAAUAAACCUGGAAAAACCGAGGGUUUCCGAGUGUCUUACCGCAGGGUCCCCCACGGAGAAAUCCUGGGACCGAUUCAGUUGCCAUGCCAUGUUAAUACUCACACCAUUUCUCAUCUCGACCCCGGCGCUGUUUAUGAAGUAAAACUGGUGGCCUAUAAUGGCAAUGGAGAGAGCGACUGUUCAAAGAAACUUGUUUCACUGGCCGAGGACGGAACUAGCGCUAAAACCAGAGCAGGAGAGGAAACUCAGUGUAACUGCAGGGGUGUAGAGAGCUCGGUGAGCAGCAUUGUGGUUGGCAUCCACAUUGGCAUGGCCUGCAUCAUUUUCUGUGUGCUCUUUCUUAUGUUUGGAUAUCGGCGCAGUUUCCUCUGUAGGAAGGGGACUCAGGACAGCUGGUCUGUACCACAAGGUGAAGACGGAGGGCAUCUCAACGGCAUCCCAAAAGCGGCAGUAACACAACCUGCUCACGGCAUUGAACUGGUUCCACAAGGACAAAAUAUAGAUCGCCAGGCCCAAUGCCAGGUUCUUAUUGAGCAGCACUCAUCCAGUCUGCCAGGCACAGGCACAGGCACUGGCUAGCAUUAGUGUUAGCUAGCACUGCCUCAGUGAUCUCUCUCCUUGUGGUUCCUCUGCCUAGCCUACCCACCAAAUUCCCUUUAGUCCAUAUGUAUCAUGCCCAGUCUUUCACCUAAACUGCUGCUACUGUUUAAAGGUGUAAACGGGCCUAUUUUAACUACAAACAUUUCGCUAAUCGAGCUGUCCCGUUUGUUUCUUUUGCUCACUCCCUUUAGAAUCAAACUUGACUCCUUUUAAAGAUCUUUGUCAAUGUGUCCGCACAAGAACACCAAAUAAUAGCCUUAGGAGAUACUGUAGUCAUUUUUUUAAUGCUAGCAUGCUAAGUUACGAAUAGUUACUGCACUAUUUCUGAGCAUAAACACACAAUGGAAGCGAAACACGAUACCAAACCCGCUUUAUAUUUUAUUACCAAAGGGCUUUCUGCUAAAACCAAAACUUCCUUUUGCAAUGCGUCCUCUGGUAAUAAAAUGUAGCCUUACAUUGUGCCUGAAACUGAUGCCAAAUAUAAAGACUGACCGUUUGAAUAAUCUCAAUAUUUCUCUUCAGUAUGUGCGAUUUAGUGAACUGCAUGAUUCACAAAACAAGCUACAAUAAGCCAUAUUCUCAGUUGAAAUGAUUACAGGGAACAGAGCUUGUUCCAUUUGUUAGCCUUAGCUCGGAUAUACCAAGAUGAAUAACGUGGCCUUGAUUUUGCCUUCGCUUGUGGUUGUGUGAGUUCAGAUAAAUUGAUUGUUAUAUGUUUCACCGUACAUGCCUCGAGGCAGGCUCUACCCCAGAGGAACCAUAAAGGUGAUGGAUUCUUCUCACCUUACCCUCUUUCCUAUUCUUUAUAAUGCCCACCAAAAGCUGUGUACCUCCAAAGAUAGCUACCUCAGAAUGUUAUGUUGGGCUGACAUUAGCCCCCUGCUAAUAAAGCUUGCCUACCUCAGCCAAAAAAUAGCAGAUACCCGCUACUCUUCCCACUGCCAGUGCCUGUGCCAGCUGCCUCCAGAACCUGCAUUCAGGUGCCCAUCUGGUCGACUGCCAUGGAGAGUGUGACCGUGGCUGCCCGUCCUCUGGCUCCAAAUAUUGCCUUAGCAGACAAAAGCUGUCUGGGAACCCCUCCCUGCGAGAUGUCUACAGAAGCGUUUAAGCUGUGGAAUACUUCAGACACACCUCGGAUCCAUCGUAUGCUUCGGAUAUGAUGAUUAGGAUCCUGUCAAGCCGUUCCGUGGAUUCCUCUCUGUGCUGAUAAACCUAAACUCCAAAGAAAAAGAUAAUACAGCAGGUACAGAAAGGGAUUUAUUUUGUUCAGAGGAUGAGAUACGAAAAAAAUUCCACAUGGAGAGCAUGGACCCUUGAGAAUUUUAAUUAGAUAUUUUUGGGCCUUUCCACGUGGAUACCACACAUACAAAAAAAUACUGUAAAACCAAAAGCUUAGGAUAUUUUGCUUUCCACCAAGGAAUAUGUGAUGGCAUCGAGAGGAUGCUUAUCCAAAGUGAUUCUUUCCAGCCAAACCAACUGGUCUUUUCUCCAGAUGCCAAAUCGGUUGCCAUGGGAACUUGAAGGAGCUGCGAGAUGAUGGUUGAUUUUGGGUUUACUGAGAAACCACUGCAUUCUCUCUUUCCCAAAGGAACAGGCAUGGCAGCAGAUUAUCCCAAAAAUGAUUUUGAUAUGAAAACCAAGCUUUAUGAUAUCCAAAGAUGUAAAAAUGUUUAAGGUUUUCAUUUGUCUUUAUAUCAGUGUCCUCUUUAGAUGAACCUAAGCCAUUCCGUUUGUUUUUGCAGUUCAUGUUAAAAGGGGAAGCUGCAAUAAAAUGGAUUUAAUAAGAAACCUAAUAACCACACAAAUAUCAGCAAAAAUAAUAUGCUUUAAUAGUCAAACAUUUUCGGUUUUCCCUCUUUUGACAGUGAACUGCCAUAUUUUUAUUUUGAAAACCUUUUAACCUUUAAAUAAUAACCAAAUGAAAAUGGGAUAUAUUUUCAAGGAGAUUUUAUAUGUUGAUACGAGAGAAGGAACAUUUGUGUCCUCUUUAUGAUAACUGAGUCGAACGUGCCAAAUAGUAGAAUAAUAAUAAUACCAAAUAUCUCUUUCAUAUUUAACAUUCAUACCCUUUAUCUUUUGUAACACUUCAUUACCAAAGCACAGGAACAUACAUGAGUGUACGGUAUAUGUUUGAGUUAAUGCAUAAAUGUGUGUUUUUUUUGCGAUUGGCCAACAGUAGGUCAAACCUGGAGUCAGUAGAGGUCAAAGAUACCGUUUCAAAAAGUCAAGGGAACUAUGUGUAUACAGUAACAUAUGAAUGGAACCAAAGAACUUGAUUUUUUUUUACUGAUCCUUAUCAAGAAAGCAAAGAGGCUUUUAACUAUGUAGAUCUAGAUGAGGAUAUCAUUCUUUAAGAUUUACAGGCAAAGAAACCUGCUUUCCUGAAGAUGUUCUACUCUACUCCAGGUUGACCUUUUGAACAAAAUGAGUGUUAAACGUUUACCCACAAUCACUGCAGUUGAAACAGCCCUUCCAUGGACUAAAACUCCCAUUCUUAUAUUAAUUUAAAACAACUGAAAUGUUCCAAGAAAGAAAAAGGGAGGAUUUUAGAUUUGUAGCUGUAUAGCGUGAUUCGUAUAGCGGUAAACAUUAGAUUACUCAUAUUUUAAACACAAUAUUUGGUUCUUUUUGUAGAACUUUUUUUCUAUUCUCUUUCACAAAGUUGUCAUGGUACCUACCUUGGUUUGGAACGAUAGCAUUUUGAUGUUCGUUUUUUGUAAUGUUAUUAUUAUUAAUAUUUUAAUUAUUGCUGUUGCUUUUUUUCCUGUCCAUUUUGAUAAACGCCUGUUUUGUUUUUCAUUUCUCUGUAGCAGAUGAAGGAGAAUGUGAAAGUGUUUGUUAGGAACCUAAAAAAAAACAGCGGGUUGAAUGCAGCAGGCUGGCAAAGAUCUGACUUGGGAUUUAUUACGUUUAUUUGCCUUUAUAUUACACUCGAUUUGUGUAGUGUGCAGAUAACGCUUUUGCAAAUGGUUAAAUAGCACACAUAAAUGAGUGAAUCCCCAGUCUGUUUGGAUUAUGACCCGCUGGUUAGAAAAAAAGAGAAAAAAAAAUAGUUGAGAUGUAGAGUUUGAGGGCUAGAACCAAUGAGGAAAAACAAUGCUUUAACAUGUACUUCCUUUUGAGUUAUUUGAACCUGAAAAGCUUUAAACACUUUGAGACUGUGGUGUCUCCAACCAAAAAGAUUAAAGAUGGAGAUCUAGUGAAUGGACAAUUACAGAGCCACUGUAAAUGAAGGGAUUAAACAAUGCUAACGUAAAUGGAGCGUGGUUGUUUUGUAAACUGGUAAUGACUUAAUAUGCAGACUGCAGUCUCUGAAUUGAUCUGUCAGCGCAACAAAGCUCGUGAUUCACAUUUAUCAUGUUGCUCCUCCGAUCUUACAGCAUUUCUCUAAUUGGCUUGUUGGUCUUUACCAGAUCACAAAUCAAAAAUGUCUAGAUCCUUCAACAUACUGCAUGUAUUGCAUCAUUAGCUUGUCUAGCGGUUGUCUUCUCGUGAAUGGACUUUGAUUAAUUCCUUUCCUGUUUGAAGAGAAUAACGAUGACCGUCUUUUACCUAGCAACCAAUGGGAAUGUCUUUGGAAAUACUCCAAGAUGUCAUUGCUGAGCUCUCUCUUGAUUAAGGUGACUGUUGUAAUAGCGCGGUCUCAGAUCUCUGCUUUUUCUAAUUUGUUCAAAUUCCAGGGCGCCUGAAACCAAAUAAA